CACCACUUCGACCUUUUGAGUCGCCACAUAACAACUCACCAAACACACCUUACCCAACAAACUUAGAAUAAGAUGUCUGGACGUGGAAAGGGCGGAAAGGGUCUCGGAAAGGGCGGUGCCAAGCGCCACCGUAAGAUUCUGCGUGACAACAUCCAGGGUAUCACCAAGCCCGCUAUCCGCCGUCUCGCCCGUCGUGGUGGUGUGAAGCGUAUCUCUGGUCUCAUCUACGAAGAGACCCGUGGUGUCCUCAAGAUCUUCCUUGAGAACGUCAUUCGUGACUCUGUGACUUAUACUGAGCAUGCUAAGCGUAAAACCGUCACCGCCCUCGACGUCGUCUACGCACUCAAGCGCUCCGGCCGCACCCUCUACGGUUUCGGUGCUUAAUCCACCCACCCACCUACUCUGGCUCUGGCUUUCGGAUUCGCCAUACCAUUUUUCCUUCGCUUCUGCAUCGCAUUCUUGUCAUCUUUUUCAUCCCUCGCAUUUCUUGCUGUCAAUUGUAAAUCUAUGUGUAUAUGUAUGCCUAUAGGCUGGUUAUGAACCUGUAUAAUGAAUGCAUCGUCGUAAUGCUGAA